AUGCGACAGUAUGCUGUCUCUGCCCUGAAACAGUAUGCUAAAUCACGAAAUCUGGCCAGGGUUUCCCCCAAAGCGUUGCAGAUACUGGAUAAGCCGUCUACUGCACCUCUUUUGGGCCCAGAGAUUACUACUCUCGGGAAUCUUUUACUCCAGGGCGGGUCUCCAAGGCCAGGAAUAGUAGCGAGGAAAGAGCUUUGGGAAUUUCUACUCGCGAGAGGAGAGUUUACCAGUCUGAUCACUUUUGCAAACCGGUUGCUCUUUGAGCGGGGGACUUUGUCCCUGCAGGGUGAUGUUGCACUGAACGAAUUGAAUUGGCUCAUACACUCUCUGAUUUAUACGAAGCAGCUGGUCAGGUUGGAUGGCGUGAUGGCCUCCAUUAUCUCUCAAUUAUCAAUCACUCACAAGAGGAGGGCUGUGGAACUAAUAGCUACUGCUUUCAAACAUCUAAUCAGAGACUAUACAAACGCGAGCAGCAUAGUUGAAGGUUUUGUGAAGUGGUGCCGAUGGACCAAACUACUCAAUGGUACUUGUGAAAUGGUAGACUACAUGAACAACAGAAUACUACUUCGACAUUUGCUAAUAUUCAUACAAGAAAAGAACCAGGAUGGCUUUGCUACACAAAUUCUGCUUCAGUCGCUAGAUAAAGUUACAGAACUCGUUGGUGCUGCUGCAUCCUCCCAAUUUGCAUCCACAUUAUUGAAUUUGCUCCAGUAUUGCAGAGACUUCAAAACGGCAGAAACCAUUUGGAAUUACAAAGUAGACCACGAUUUCCCAAUCAUCCCACAGGAUCUGACCGUCAUCAUGAGAUCAUAUAAUUAUCAAUCGAAAUACAUGGAGAUUCAAGAUGUUUACUCAAAAUACCCAAAUGCACACCAUAAUAAUUUGCAAUUUGACUACCUGCUUUUGGCACACACGCGUACAAGUAACUGGUCUGCAUUGAGGACACAGUUUGAUGCGCUAUUUGGGAUCGGCAAACUGCCCAAUAUUCAUCAUUACGAGGUCGUUAUAUUUUCCAUGGCCACGAAGGGGGAGUUAGACUCUGUAGAGAUGUUGUACAAGCAAAUGUUAAGGAGGCGAAUGACUCCAACUUACUCUAUCUUACAAUCCCUGCUUUUAGCAUAUUACAAUUCGGGUGCUUUUGUUUCUUGCUUUGCACAGUUCCAAUUAUUUGAAAAGUACGGCAUCAAGCCCACAGAGAUGACGUACCUCAUCAUGUUCAAAGUUCAUAAACAGUUGAACAACAUGGAGGGAGCUUUAAAACUGCUGAAGACAAUUUCUGACACAGCAAAGUCUCAAAUCACAGAAGAACACUUGGCUGUUAUGAUCCAGAUGUGUUCUAGGUUCACGAAUCAUUUGGUCGCGCAGGAACUGUUCAGUGUUAUGACUGACCACUACAGAAUUAAGCCCACGCCAGUUUCAAUUGCGGCUUUGAUGGACGUUUACAUUGAAAGUGGGUUGCCGAAUGAAGCAAUAAGAUUUUUCAAGUUGCAUAUUGAUAGACUGGAACGCACUCACUCUGAAAAUAUCAUCUGGGUUUACACCAAAGCGCUGCGAGCAAAUAUUCUGAUGAAGAAAGCGGGUCAGUGUACUAAAAUCAUGGACAUAAUAGCUGAGAAGAACCACGAAACAGACGCUGCGUUUUACUUGGAACUUAUGAGGUAUAUGAUAGAUAUUGAAAAGGACUUUUCUCGAGCAAAAUUGACUCUGGACGAGUUACUAAAACAUCCUCGUUUGGCUCCAAAACCCACCCAUUUCGAGCUCUUGCUGCAGGAGAUGGAUAAACAGUCGAACUACGAUCAAAUGCUUGGUGUUUAUGACCAAAUGCUGGAAAACGAUGUUCCUUUGAACUCGAAAGUGUUGUUCUUCCUUAUUAAAGCUACUUUCCAGAAGGAAUUAUACGAAAAAACCGAUCUAAGUCGUUCCUUAGCGUUUCUAGAUACGUUGAUGAGUAGGAUUAUGGUUGGUGAUAUGAUAUUGACUGGUCCUCAAAAACUGCAUCCCUCGAUAUUUGCAUGGCCGAUCCGUGCCAUUGCGACCAAAUAUAAUCCUAAAGUGGCAUUGGAGCUUUUCAAUAAAUACAACGAAAUUUUGUUAAACUCCAAGGAGGCGCAAUCUUCGACCAACCGUCUGACAAUGACAAGGUCACUUAUUGUACUCUACGGUGAAUUGGAGCAAUGGGUUAACUUCUCCGAUGCCUGGGAUACAUUGACACAGCAACUAUCCGAUUUUGCAAAACUACCAUCGUCUACUAUUCCAAACAAGAAACUUGGCGGGAUAUUUGUAGGGUUGCUUUCCUAUAAAGUACAGUACCUCCGUGCCAUAGGCCGGUUGGGCGAACUACCUAAAUUGGUGGAAUACUUGCUCACAUCGGGUUUCAAUAUAGACAAUAAGUCGUGGAACUGUAUUGUGGAGGCACUCUCCUCUGAUCCGGCCACAAUACCGUACUGUAUCGAGUAUCUCGAUGAUAAGUUGGUACAUGGGUAUAAUUUGAUCCACAAGUAUCGUUUACUGGCAAAAAUAUCACCUCGGUCGGAGUUUGUGAGGGAAGUCUCCCGUGAGGGGAAAUUCGUUCCAAGUUUAUACGUGAAGAGCGAUGUGUUCCAAAGAGUGUGUGACAAUAUCGAUAGGUAUCUUUUAUCCCUUGAGGACUUGGACGCGCAGUUACGUGAACUUGUUAGGGAUCGGCCAUAUUUCAUGAAAAGUUACCUUUUGAGGGAGGGACCCGUUACUACCCAACUUCUAAACAGUCAUCCUGAAUUCAUGCGAGAUUUGAAGGCGAACAAGCGUAUAGAUAGAAAACUAAUCAUGUAA